CAAGUCCUUCUUUGUAUGUGGCAGGUACGUACUCUUCCACUUCAGGUAGUUCAGAAGAUGCAGCUUUUUUAACUACCCAAAACAAUGACAUUUUAAGCUCUGCAACCUUAAGUAAUUCGCGAACACAGUUGAAAGAGAAUCUUACCCAUAAAAGGGCUCAGAGAUCCAAGAACUCCUCUGAACAGGUAGCUUCUCCAACCAUCUGUAGGAAGAAGAGUAUAACUUCAAACAGUAGGAAAACAUCUGCAGACAAUACUCCUACUCUUAUGGAUGCUCAAAGAAAGCUUUCCCCCCUCAAACCAAUACUGUCCAGAAGAGCACCACUAUAUACUGAAAGCAAGGAGGAUGGGGACGUGAAAGAGAAAAUUGAGUAUCCUGAUGGAAAGGUGAAACAGCUGUUCACUGAUGGACGCAGAAUUAUUACCUAUCCCAAUGGGACAAAAAUGGAGAUUAGUACUGACAGAAAGACAACAGUUAUUACUUUUUACAAUGGAGAUGUUAAGAAGAUCUUGCCAGAUCAGAGAGUGAUUUAUUAUUAUGCAGAUGCCCAGACAACCAGAACUAUCCACCCGGAUGGCUUGGAGGUGCUGCAGUUUCCUAAUAACCAGAUAGAAAAGUACCAUCCUGAUGGUACUGAGGAAAUAGUGUUUCCAGACCAGACAGUGAAACGCCGCUAUGACGGAGGCCUUGAGGAAACUGUUUUCCCAGAUGGCACUGUUGUGAAAGUAGAAAAGAAUGGAGUUAAAACCAUCCAGUUCCGCAAUGGGCAGACAGAGAUUCACACUGCACUGUCCACGAGAAGAGAGUACCCAGAUGGUACUGUCAAGACUGUCUAUGCUAACAGAGGACAGGAAACCAAUUAUUCUUCUGGGAGGGUUCGAAUUAAGGAUGAGAAGGGGACCCCCAUGCCUGACAAGAAGUGAUUCAUUCCUCUA